UGCAAAGAGCUCACAACAUGCGUUGAACGUAUGAUCUCGGAUGUGGGCGCCGAAGCCCCCCCUAGUGGGGGAUGUAAUUGGAUUGUCUCUGAGUUCAUCCCCUGUAGGGGGUGGUAUAUAAGGGCGGGGGGGCAGUGCGUACGCAGGAGUGGCGUCCAGCCAGCCUCGGUGCGUGGUGCGACAAGUCUGCCUGCGGGGGCGGACGCUACCUCCUGAAGCCUGGGCCGGGGCCCGCCAGCCAACAUGCCUUCGAAAGGAGAUGUGGAAAGCGGUGUGACGGAGUUCGUCCGCAAGCCCAUGGAACUGCCGACGCUGCCCAAGGCGCUGACCCUGGACGAGAAGAAGUACCUUCUGGCCGUGGAGAGAGGGGACAUGGCCAAUGUGCGCAGAAUCCUCCAAAAAGCGCACCGUAAGAAGCACAUCGACAUCAACUGCGUGGACUCGCUCGGCCGCGGCGCGCUGACCCUCGCCAUCGAGGGAGAGAACAUGGAGAUGGUGGAGCUCCUCAUCAUCAUGGAGGUGCAGACCAAGGACGCGCUGCUGCAGGCCAUCAACUCCGAGUUCGUGGAGGCGGUCGAGCUGCUGUUGGAGCACGAGGAGAUCAUUCAUAAGCCUGGGGAGCCUUAUAGCUGGCAACUGGUAGACCCGAACACAGCGCAGUUCACGCUGGACAUCACCCCGCUGAUGCUGGCGGCUCACCGGAACAACUACGAGAUCAUCAAGAUACUGCUGGACAGAGGAGCCACGCUGCCCAACCCUCAUGAUGUUAAAUGUGGUUGUGACGAGUGCAUCCGCGAGUCCACCCAAGACUCGCUGCGUCACUCUCUGACCCGGCUGAAUGAGUACCGCGCGCUGGCGUCGCCCUCGCUCAUAGCUCUGUCCUCGGUGGACCCCAUCAUCACCGCCUUCCAGUUGUCCUGGGAGCUCAGGAACUUGGCUUUUGCUGAACAGGAAAGUAAACAAGAAUACCUGGAGCUGCGUCGUCAAGCCCAACAAUUUGCCGUGGACCUGCUCGACCAAUCACGGAGCUCUCAGGAGCUGGCCAUCAUCCUGAACCACGACCCUGACUCACCUCCCUUUGAAGAGGGCGAACAUAUGGCGCUGGCCAAGUUGGAACAGGCUAUCAAUUUUAAGCAGAAGAAGUUCGUAGCCCACCCGAACAUCCAGCAACUGCUAGCAUCCAUCUGGUACGAAGGAGUGCCUGGCUUCCGACGCAAGACCUCCAUGGAAAAGAUCAUGAUCAUCUGCCGAGUGGCCCUUCUGUUCCCGUUCUACUGCUCUCUCUACAUGAUAGCUCCCAACUGCGGCACCGGGAAGCUGAUGAGGAAGCCGUUUAUGAAGUUCUUGAUCCAUGCGUCUAGCUACUUGUUCUUUCUUUUGAUUCUGAUCCUGGUAUCACAAAGAGCGGAGGUGCAGGCGAUCCAGCUGUUUGGUCCCGAGUGGAUGAGGAAGGAGCUGGAAGAAGAGCUGAAGAAGCAGCGCGGCGCCGGGCCCACGUACCUUGAAGUGGUCGUCGUGGUUUAUGUGUUGGGAUUCAUCUGGGAAGAGACACAAGAAAUCUACAUAGAAGGCAUCCAAUCCUACCUGCGUAACAUGUGGAACUUCAUCGACUUCACUAGGAACUCUCUGUACGUGGCCGUCCUUCUUCUGAGGUUCGCGGCCUACAUCCAGCAGACCACGGAGAUCCAACGAGACCCGCAGACCAAGUUCAUUCCGAGAGAGCAGUGGGACGCCUUCGAUCCGCAACUGAUUGCCGAGGGUUUAUUUGCGGCGGCUAAUAUAUUUAGUGCCCUCAAGCUGGUGCACCUGUUCUCCAUCAACCCUCACCUGGGGCCGCUGCAGAUCUCGCUCGGCCGGAUGGUCAUCGACAUCGUCAAGUUCUUCUUCAUCUACAGCUUAGUCUUGUUCGCUUUUGCUUGCGGUCUAAACCAGCUUCUCUGGUACUUCGCUGACCUGGAGAAGCGCAAGUGCUACGUGUUGCCUGGAGGUCUUCCCGACUGGGACAAUGCUGGUGACUCCUGUAUGAAGUGGCGGAGCUUCGGGAACGUAUUCGAAGCAUCGCAGUCAUUGUUCUGGGCAUCAUUCGGCAUGGUGGGCCUGGAGAACUUCGAGCUGGCCGGCAUCAAGAGCUACACGCGGUUCUGGGGCCUGCUCAUGUUCGGCUCGUACUCUGUGAUCAACGUCAUCGUGCUGCUGAAUCUGCUCAUCGCCAUGAUGUCCAACUCUUAUGCUAUGAUCGAUGAACACUCGGACGUGGAAUGGAAGUUCGCCCGCACGCGCCUCUGGAUGUCGUACUUCGAGGAGAGCGCCACUCUGCCGCCGCCCUUCAACAUCCUGCCCACGCCCAAGCUGCUGCUGAAGAUGCUGGGGCUCCGGAAGAAGGAUAAGGAGAAGAAGGUUAAGGAUGAGGAGAACAAAGAGAAAGAGCUAGACGUCCGCUACACGGCAGUCAUGCGGGCGCUGGUCUGGCGCUACGUCUCCGCCAUGCAUCGCAAGCUGGAUGACGAGCCAGUGACGGAAGAUGACGUCAAUGAGCUGAAGGGAGAUGUGUCGGCACUGAGAUACGAGCUGCUGGAAGUGUUUGAAAAGAAUGGCAUGGAUGUCUCGUUCACGGAUCGUAAGGAGAAAGCGGUCCUCGGCAAGAAAAUGAAGAUGUGGGAGCGUCGCCUGAUGAAGGACUUCCACGUGGCCCCCGUGGCGGGCGUGGACGAGGAGGCGGAACCCGAGGGUGGGCUGAGCAAGUUCCGGCGGCUCGCCAAGCUGGCCGUGGCCACCACCACCAGCGCCAAGUGGGACCAGACGCUCAUUGGGGCUGGGGUCUCAUCUCAAAUCGGUCGGUGUCGCAGCCGUGAGUCGUUCAAGAACCAGCAGAACCUGCAGCGAGCCAUGGACGAGGCCAGGAAGUACGUCAUGCGAUCACCACUACCAGCAUCCCGCGGCCCGUCUCCCAUCGAGAUGCCGAUCACGCCAGGGCACACUCUUAUGAACCUCAUCAAGGACAUCUCCACUGAAGGAGGGCCAUCCGACCCCAGCACGCCUACACCCAAGAGCCCUUGGAAACCACCUGGUGCCGGCGGCGGGGCGGCUGAGAGCAGCAUGGGAGCGCUGCUGACAGCCGGAGGACCGUCCAGCAGGGCCGCUUCACCGAAACUACCCUCGUCGCCCAUGUCUGCACAGUUCCAGCAGUCUGCGCCCAAGUCGCCAGCGCCUUCACGAGGCCCGAGUCCAUCCUCGCCUCGACCCCUGAGCCCUAUCAGCGCAGCCGGGGAGGAGAGCCCAGUGCCAGAGCCAAGUCCGCUGAAAGGGAAGCGCGUGCCGGGAGAGACGUCGCCCCCUAAAGUGAUCAAGAGGAAACCACCGGGCACCCCCCACCCUGCUGAUGACCAGCCUGACCCUGGCAGCAAGACGCCUCCCGAAGACAUCGCGGUGGCGCGCCCCGUGGCCCCCGAGAUUAAACCAGCCGAGGGGGCCAUCCCGCCGCCCCCCGCGCCUGUCAAACCUAAGGCACCACCAGCGCCAACAAUGGAAGUGACUCCCAGCACCCCCCCCGUCCACUCCGCGCGCGCCCCCUCCCCCACCCCUUCAAAACCACCCUCACCCCCGCGCUCGUCCAGCCCAGUCAAACCACCGAGCCCUAUACCUCCUGCCGUGCCCUCCAAGCCUGGUACUCCUGAGCCCAUGAAGCCAGGAUCCUCGAGGCCAAGCAGCCCGGUGCCUACGAAGUGCGUGUCGCCUAUCCCGAGGACGCCGUCGCCGUCGGCUAGCCCGCGCACGCCGUCGCCGCCGCCCGGGCCGGCACGCCUGUCAUCCACCUCCAGCACAGAACAGCUGAUCCCGCCGUCGCCGACGCCGCUGCGAGCCGCCAAGCCCAUCGAGGAGGUCAGGACAAUCAAGAGGCAGCCAAAGACCGGGUGGCUUUAGGU